AUGUCUCAAAGGGCGGCCUCCCCAGAGGAAAACAUGAAUCCUCAGGUUAUCCUCGUCACUGGAGCAAAUAAGGGUAUUGGCUACGGAAUUGUUCGCAGUCUGCUUACUUCUGCCCCCUCCCGUUCUAUCAUUUAUUUGACCUCCCGCGAUGUCUCUCGCGGACAGAAGGCUGUCACGGAGCUUUCUGCCAUUGGAGGACGCUCUUCAAAUCUGGUUUACCACCAAUUGGACAUCACCGAUGAGCAGAGUAUCGACACCUUGGUCAACAAGAUCAGGAACGCCCAUGGGAGACUCGAUGUUCUCAUUAACAAUGCUUCUAUUGCUGGAACCGACAAUGAAUUGAUGGUUGAUGUCAAUUAUUACGGAACUUUGAUGGUAUGUUCUCUGCUUUAGCCCUCUUUCGGCGUGGGGGAAAAAAAAUGGAAAAUGGAAGGGGAAGAAUGGAGUUAAGUGAGAUGCCAACGGGCGCAGGUGUGCAAGAAAUUCCUCCCAAUAAUUGAGAAGGAUCACGGACGCAUUGUCACCAUGGGCUCCGCAAUCGGCCAUCUGGCAGCAUUUGAAAACGAGGAGAUAAGGAACCAACUCGGCAACCCAGAACUGACGGUCGAGCAGCUGAGCGCUCUGAUGGACAAGUACAAGGUUUGUUACCACAUCCUUCUCCUGCCUCUCUCCAUAUACGAAUUUGCCGGUUGGUUGGUUGGCGUUGUUGUCUCAGUGACUAAAUGUGACCCCGACUAGGCGGACUGUAAGGACGGUAAGGCGAGUGAGAAUGGAUGGCCCAUGGCAUAUGCUGUUACCAAAGCCGGGGAGACGGCGCUUUCCGGAAUAUUGGCAAGGAAGUACCCUAGCUUGCUGAUCAACGUUUGCUGCCCUGGAUGGUAUGUUAUCUUUUCCCCAACCACUUCUCCUCUGUGGCCGGCACAUAGCUGAUAGUUCUUCACUGCCAGGGUUAACACAGAAAUGGGUGCCUCCAUGGGGGGCAAGCCACCUAAGACCAUUGGUAAGUUUUUUCCACUCGUCCCAUUCAAACUUUUAUGCCGUCCCACCAUGAAUAAGUGCUAACAUGAUAGCAAGACGAGGGUGCAAUAAUCCCCGUUAGGCUUGCUGUGAGCGACCUUGGUGGCGUUUCUGGAGGGUUCUGGGAAAAUCCUAGCGUCAUGGACACCGGCGUUGGCAGUGUCUCGGUCUGGUGA